AUGGAUGAGGCUCUGGAGCACAUUCUGCUCCUUAGAGACCAUGGCGAUGAUGGUGCAUCUCGAGGACGGACCGCAAUGGUGGUAACGGCGGUUCUGACUACAAUUUCCGUUGUCGUUGUGGCAAUGCGCAUAUAUACCAGAGUUGGGAUAAUGAAGUUAAGCGGCCGAGAGGAUUGGACCAUCCUCGUCUCUCUGGUCUUUGCUAUUCUCUAUCUUGCCCUUGUUAUUUGCCAAUACCGAUUUGGCCUGGGAAAACAUAAUUAUGCUUUAUCACAGCACGAAUUACGAGAACAAUUGAAGAGCUUGUGGGCCGCAAUCCCUCUGUAUAAUGCCAGCUUAGUAUUCACGAAGAUCUCCCUGCUCUUCCAGUACCUGCGCAUCUUUCCGAGCCACAAGUUCCGCAUCAUCUGUUACAUUGUCAUGGGAGUGGUAAUUGCAUACUCAACAUGGGCCAUCAUCAGCGGGUUCGUCAACUGUGUGCCCGUGGCCAAGUUCUGGGACCGAGACCUACCUGGUCACUGCCUUUCUUUUGAGGCUCUUUGGUUCUUCAAUGCCUCCAUGAAUAUCGCUACCGACCUCACUCUACUCAUUCUACCGAUGCCGCUCAUUACACAAUUACAACUUCCGAAGCGGCAAAAGCUUGCUCUUAUGGCCGUUUUUGCGCUGGGUGGACUGGUCGUGAUUACCAGUGUCCUUCGUCUCUCCGGUUUGCGCACUGUAGCAAGAAGUACCGACACAUCAUGGAGCAACGUCGCCGCCGCUUACUGGACCGCAGCCGAAUGUAACGUCGCCAUCAUUUGUGCCUGUCUACCCUUCCUUCGCCCUCUCAUCAGCCGCAUAUUCCCCAAAUUCCUCUCGACAAACAGCUAUAAUAAACGAAGUGGCAACCCCACCCGCACAACAGCCGGACGCUCGACGCGUCUCAAGUCGACAACAAACCGAGGCGUGUUCUCGCAGCACGACCCCGAGUUUGGUCUUCAUACUAUCGAUACAGAAGUGGGGGUUGGACCCGGGCUGAGGACGGUACUGGAUGGGAAGAGAGGCGUUGGUGCAAUCGAGGUCACGACCGAGGUGAUUCGGGAAGAGAGAACAUCACCAACGUCUUCGCCCUCGCCUUACGGACAUCGUACUGGGAGUGGUAGCGGUGGUGGCGGUCACGGCGGUCAUGGCGGGGAUUCGAGCCAGACCAACCUAGUCCGGGAGGACCGGUAG